CUGGCGUCCGACCGGCUCCACAUGGAGCCGGACGCCGACGAGGGUCUGCUCGAGAUGGAGUGCGACGCCGAGGACGGCCUGCUGCCGCUGGAGCACCGCGAGCGCCUGUUCGAGCGCGAGGGCGGCCUCUCCAGCAUGGAGUCGGAGGACGGAGAGGCACUGGACGGCGUGGUGGCCCGACAGCGGGCCGCGCUCGCCGACGGCGGCUACCGGCCCUCGACCGACGACGACUCGGAGGGUCUGGAGGCCGCCGCGCAUGGCGUGGGCCACAUGCAUGAGCAGGAGGGCGGGCCAGACGCGGGGGACGGACGGCGGCCGUCGCCGGCCCGCCGCGCUCGGCCGGGCGUCACCGACGUCAGCCAGCUGCCCGUCAUCUACCUGUCGGAGGGGCUGGACGCGGCGCUGGCCGCCGACGCCGUCGCGCUGAAGGCCGAGCAGCAGAGCCACCUGUCGGCGGAGGCGGGCGACGAGCGCGCGCAGGCCGCCCACCAGAACGACUUCUGGUGCGAGGAGUGCUGCAGCUUCUACCGGGGCCGGUGUCCUGACCACCAGGUGCGCCUGAUCAGCGACCGGCCCAUGCAGAGCCGCGCCUGGGCCUCGCUGCCCACCAGCUACCUGGCUAUCCGGGCCGUCACGCCCGGCUCUGACGACCAGGGCGAGACAGUGUACGGCGUGACGGCCAAGAAGACGAUCCCCAAGCGGACGCAGUUCGGCCCGAUGGAGGGCAUCGUGGUGAAGCGCGACCGCGGCGGCACGGCGCCCAACCCCACCGGGCUGGUGCUCAGCGUCGACUCCGGCGGCCAGCUGCACACCGUCGACGUCUCCAACCCCGACUGCAGCAACUGGAUGCGCUUCGUGCGCCGCUCGGAGACGCUGGCGCAGCAGAACCUGGUGCUGAACCAGCAGGGCUCGCACCUCUUCUUCACCAGCAGCCGCGUGAUCGAGCCGCGCGAGGAGCUGCGCGCCGGCUACAGUCUGCCGUACGCCGCCCGGCGCGGCCUCACCAUGCUCGUCGCCAAACCCGAGAACCUCUCGGAGCCCACGUGCGCCGUCUGCGAGGAGGGCGUCGAGUGUCAGUGUGCGGCCGGCGAACCGCGAGCCAGCCGACCGCGCCGCCCGCCCCGCCGCUACCGGCCGGCGCCAGAGGAGGACCAGGAGUGGCCGCUCACCUGCGACGCCUGUGACCGCAUCUUCGUCAGCCUCGCGUCGCUGGAACGUCACGAGUGUGGUGUCCGCCCUCGGCCGGCCCGGGCCCGCCAGGCCAGCGGCCGACAGAGAGCCGCACGCCAGGCCGAGACGGCCGCCCGCCGCGAUACCGCCAGAUGGCAAUGCCAGUACUGCCCGCUGCACUUCGAGUCGGCGUCGACGCUGAACCUGCACACGCUGGCGCACGCGGCGCUCGACCUGGAGGACGCCUCGCUGGCAGCCGGAGAGGAGGAGGACGAGGACGAGCUGGGCCUGCCGCCCGACCAGCCACUCGACUGCCCCGAAUGUAGCAAGGAGUUCCUGGUGAAGGAGGACCUCAUCUGUCACGUGGCCUCGCACGGCACGGAGACCAUGUCGCCGGAGACGGACGGCCCGCAGGACCCGCGUCCCUUCAAGUGCACGCCCUGCGGCCGCGCCUUCACACACGAGGAGUGGCUCAAGCGCCACCUGCUGACGCACGUGCCGGACGAGGAGAAGCCCGUGUCGUGCUCCACAUGCGGCCGCCGCUUCUUCACGGUGUCGGCGCUGCAGUGUCACCGGCGCGUGCACUCGGCGGCGGCGCGCCGCUACCAGUGUCCGCUCUGCCGGCAGACCUUCGAGCAGAUCACCGCGCUCCGCGAGCACGUGCGGAUGCAUGCGGUGGACGGUAAGUACACGUGCCCGCACUGCGAGAAGUCGUUCGACGGCUACAUGGUGAUCCGGAAGCACAUUCGCUCGUUCCACAACGACCGCGUGUUCGUGUGCUCGCUCUGCUACAAGCCCUGCCAGUCGACGGACAAGCUCAAGCUGCACAUGCUCAAGCACUCGGACCACCGUGAGUUCCUCUGCUCCGAGUGCGGCAAGCAGUUCAAGCGCAAGGACAAGCUGAAGGAACACGUCAAGCGGCUGCACUCGGCGGAGCGGAAGGCGGCGCAGGAGAGGGCGCUGCGGCACCAGAAGCAGGAGCAGUACCCGUCCAAGGUCUCGCCCACCGACUACCACCGCUUCAUCUACAAGUGCCACAAGUGCAAGCUUGGCUUCAAGCGGCGUGGCAUGCUGGUCAAUCACCUGGCCAAGCGGCACCCGGACAUGGGUCCGGAACAGGUGCCGGAGCUGAUGCUGCCCAUCCUGAAGACCACCAAGGACUUUUACUGCCAGUACUGCGAGAAGACCUACAAGAGCAGCUCCAAGCGGAAGGCGCACAUCCUAAAGAACCACCCGGGUGCAGAGCUGCCCGUCAGCUCGAGGGGCGUCAAGCUGUCGCCGGGCGAGAACGCCGACCAGACCAGCUACUCGCAGACAGUGGGCAGCGUGACGAUGUCGCCGCACCGCUGCUCCUGGUGCCACAAGCAGUACGCCUCGCGCGCCAAGCUGCUGCAGCACCAGCGCAAGAAGCACGUGGAGCUGAUGCCACCCGACAGUCAGCUGCCGCGCGUGCUGCUGCGGCCGCGCGGCGCCGGCGAUAUCGAAAGGGACCUCUUCUGGCGAGCGUCCGGGUAUAAGCCGCCAUCCGAUGAGCCGCCGGGUCGCAUGAGAUCGCGCGUGACGGCGGCGUGA